ACAUGCAUGCAUGCAUACACAUUUGCAUCGCCACCCCGACCGAUUCCAUCGUAUAUAUAAUACCCAUGGAUGAGACGUCUACGACGGCAGCGACAACGAACCAUCAUCGAUCAUCGACGUCGGGAGGCAAUGGAGGACACCGCGGUGGCGAUCUCUCGGCAUGCCGCUUCGGGAAUAUGAUGGACACGCUUUUCGUGCUUGGCCAGGAAUCCCGGCUGCGCAUCCUCCAGCAAGCGGCGUCGCGCGUCCCCGCCUGCGCCUACCUCUGCGUCUGGGCGCCGAUUCCGGCCGGCGGCCACCGUCCUACUCCUCCUUUCACCGCCGCCAACAGAGCUCGUCGCCAGCUGUUGUGCCUGGACGCAUGGCUCGGCGAUGGCGGCAGCGGUGACGUCGACCGCGAGCGCGCUCUGUUCGACGCAUACCGGGGUUCGCUCUGCGCGGCCGUAAGCGGGUGCGUGCCAGGGUGGGCUUACGAGGACGGCCGGGCGUACAUGGAGCUGUCGGAGCACGAACUGGCGGCCUCGGCGUCGUCGCCGGUGCAGCUGCAGUUCUACCAGGAAGCUGGCAUUAAGGUGGCGGCCUUCAUGGGAUGCGAAAGCGGCGAGAUCGAGGUCGGCAUGUCGACGCCGGCGGGACAGAUGAACCUUCAGGUCGGCCUCGGUCAGAUAUUCUCGGAGGAUUUCUUCCAGCAGUCGCUGCUUGAGGAACUGCUCCAGCUCCCGCCGACGCGGCCGUCCUCCUCCUCCUCCUCUCUUCCGUCCAUCUCCGUGGACAGCCCGGCAGACGGCUCGACGUCGCUGCUGCGCACCAUGGCCAUGUCGUCGUCCACCACGACGUCUCCCCGGGACCUAACGGCGGCACCUCUUCCCCACCCGCCCCGUCCGCGGCAUCCCGUGCCAUUUAGCCGGCACAGCCCUGCCCAUGUCCACGGCCACGUCCACUUCCCGAGCCCCGAGGCCGACGACGUCGCGAUGGCGCAGGCCAUGCUCGCGGUCAUCUCCGCCUCCUCCUCGUCGUCGUCGGCUAUGCCUACCACGCCCACGCCUCCGCUAGGCUACCGUCGCGCGCAUCGGUCGCCGGGCCGUGGCUCGAAGACGACGGCGUUCCGGCCGUACAACGCGGCGCUGGCGCCAAGGGCGCCGCGGCGGGCGUCGGACGCGCCUGGGCAGCGGAUGAUCAAGAUGGGCAUCUCUAUCCUCAGAAGGAUGAACACGCUGAACAACAACGGCCAGGAGCGCACCACCGGGACGACGACGCAGCGGUGGCGGGAGGAGGACGAGGAGGCCGCGCCCCCAGCCCCGACGAGCAGCCAGCUGCACCAUAUGAUAUCGGAGCGGAGGCGGCGGGAGAGGCUCAACGAGAGCUUUGAGGCGCUGAGAGGGCUGCUUCCUCCCGGAUCAAAGAAAGACAAAGCUACCGUCCUCGCCAACACUCUGGACUACAUGAACAUUCUGAUAGCCCAGAUUUCCGAGCUCGAAGCCAGGAACCGAAACCUCGAGACGGCGGCGCAACACCAACGCAUUACCAACGGCAACUCCAGGGAUAGGCCAGACCAAGCAGCCCUUCAAGCAGGCGGCUCGUCAAAGAGGGUACAAGUGGAGGUGGCCACUGGUAGCGCCGGCGCGUCAACGUCGUCCUCGUCGUUCUCCACGGGGCAGUGCCGUGAGGUGACCAUAAGGGUGGCGGCGGCAGGCGACCUGUCGGAUCUAGUGGCCCGCGUGCUGGCGCUGCUCAAGGACACGGCCGGCCACCGUUUCACGGUGGUCGCCGUCGACGCCAGGCAGCCGCAGGGCACCAGCGACGGCGGCAUUGCUCAGGCGAGCUUGACACUAAGAGCAACGGCUGCUGGCGAAUUCGACGAGGAGGCGUUGAAGGAUGCUGUCACGAAGGCUGUCGUUGGUCUGGUGACACCGCCGUCGUCCGACGAACUUUGACCCGCCCACGGUCCGUUUCGGCAGGGUCAGUUUGCGAGAUAGGGACCAAGCUGCAGUAUGCUCAAAAUUGGAUUCAGGUUACGGGCACGCGGCCACGGCAUUUCUAGAUUUCUGUAACUUGUGCUCGUGGAGGACUUUUCUUUUUGUUUGAAACUUGCUCUCGGGAGGACUUUGAGUAACUGUAUUCUGCAUUUUUUAUGGAUUCGAGACAGAGUGACUCGAUUAGACCUUGCUUGUUUAAGAAACACAAAACAUAACGUAGAUGCGUUCACGCGGUCACAUCAUCUCACUCAUAAUCUUUGCCUCUCUCUAUAUUUUCCAAGCCGGUUUCAUUGGCUUAAAAUGUAGCAUCAAUAGACCUUUAUAUAGAGGCACAAACAAUAUAAACGUCCAUACACAAAAACACACCAGCAAAUAGUAAAGUCAUAUAUGACCAAAGCUAUGCGAGAAAAAAAAGAAGAAAAAACCUCAAACCACGCAAUGUUUUGUCUUCCACAGUUUAUUUCGUCCGUCUUUUUCUUCGUGCACUGGCUUUUUUCGUCUUAUCGGUAUUUUCUCAUCUAUUUAUAAGUCCUUGUCACUCUUCCCUUGUCCCUCACUCUAAUGUCUUUUCCCGACCCUACUACGCAUCAGAUAUGCCCCACCGAAUCUUCAUGCUCAACAUCAUCGAACCACCUCCUGCCGCAAAGCCGCGCUCCCCGGGGAGAUCAAUGUCCCAUGGUUACCACCAGGGCCUCACCAGCUGUGACCUCCCCAAAC